AUGAGCAGCGCCUCUCCCAGUCUCGCCAUCCCCUCUGAGAUUCCCCGGCGCCGUAAUGGCCGCCCGCAGGCCUGCGAGCCGUGCCGCCGACGCAAGGUUGCGUGUGACCACCGGCUUCCCAUUUGCUCCAGGUGCAUCCGCAAGAAUACGCCACAGAGCUGCCGUUACCUCAUCCAGGGACGGCUUGUAACACCAGCUACGUCCGCAGAUGGAGAGCCGACGGUGUUAAGCAACCAGGGCCAACAGCCGCCGGCGACGGUCCAGGUCAAGGCAAGCCCGUCGACGCUCGAGAAUCUGUCGCCCCGGGAAGAGAACGUGGGCUAUCUCGGGGCCACGAGCUUCCCAGAGUUCUUCCGCGAGACCCAGAAACACCUCGACCAAGUAGCCGGGUCCGAGCCGGCCCGUGACGGUCUCGCCGGGCUCGCUGGCGGCGGUAAGCAACCGAGCGAGACCAGCGCCGGCCUCGCCCGGAUGGCACCCGACGCAACCGCGUUCGAGGUGGCCUUAUCAGUGCUACGGGCCAUCCCGACCAAGGAAGCGGCGCACUUCCUGCUGAGGCGCAACGUGAAUCCCAACGACGCCUGGUGCAGGCUGGCCUUAGACCGUCUUCACGCCUCGCUGUGGUCGACCUUGGGCCACUUUCUCGACGGCCAGCGCACCCGCGAGAACAUGUCCCAGCUGGCGCUGCUCCUAUUCCAGAACGGCUCCAAGUCGCUACGGGAGGACUUCACUGAUCCCAACCAGUGGUUCGAGGCCUUUUCCGGGGCGAACUUCCGCUGGGAAGGCCUCGGCCUCUUGUUCACGUUUUGGACGUUUGGAGCGGCCUCCUUGUCGGAGAACGGCACUGCCGAGCAGCGCAAGUGGCUCGGGCACUACAAUCGUAGAAAUCUCAUGCAAGUCUACCAGAAUGCUGUCGUAAAAAUCGUCGACCUCUGCCGGCUUUCGAGCUGCAACAACACGAUGAUGGUGUAUCUGUUGCACAUGCAUAGUCUCACGGAGUCCCUCAUCACCGGUGAUACAGGGGCCGAAUUCUGGCGCCAUCAUGCAGAAGCUAUCGCCUUGGCCACCUUCCUAGGCCUUCACACGCCUCAGUCGUCCAAGUCGAUACCAGAGGCGUCGGUAUCCGUCCAGGCCAAGCGAAGAGUCUUCUGCUCCAUCUUCAACAUGGACAUGGUCGUCUCAACCCUGACGGGCCGGCCUCCGUUGCUCAGCAGCAGGUUGUGCUCGACGCCGCUGCCCCUCGACGUGAGUGACGAGUCGUUGCUCAACACCAAGGUUCGGCCUCACCGGCUGAACGAGGAGGGGUGGAAUAUAGAGGGAAAGAAUCUACCUGCAACAUUUCUGCGAGCCGUCUACAUCAUCUCUCAGAUACGGAGUGAGAUCCUCGAAAUUGUUCUUCAAGCACCGCAUGUAACUACCACUCACAACUUUGAUGAUUUACGGAGACGAGAGAUGGAAGCUUAUUCCCAGUUCCCUAUCGGACUGCGAUUCAACAACGGCGACUUCAACGAUCCCGAUGUUGACGCUUCCACUCUCUACAUGCGGUUGAUGACGCGGCUCGAGCAUUUGAGCAACCUAUUCUUCAUCGAGCGGCUGUCUUACAAGGGAAGAAACUCUUAUAGCCCCGAUAUGCUCGAAAUCAGCCUCGAGAUGAUAACCCUCACCCUCUCCUUCUGGACGCAGCAGAACCGUCUCGAAGGCUUACAGGGAGAUUAUGAAUGGCUUGUGAUGAUGCACGCUGCGCCUGCGGGAGGUAUCCUGUGCAUGGAGCUCUUGAAACAGCCGAGUGGGAACGAACCACCGACUGUUCCCACCAUCACGAAGCCCAUGAUUAUCAAGCAGCUCAGUCUCCUGGUCGGUUUCCUCGAAUGGAUUGGUCCGGGAGCUCCGGGAGCGCACUUGUGCAACAGCAUCAAGACGGUGGUCGAGCGAGUGAUGGAGCAGGCUCUAAAUCCGCCGCCGAGACCCAUCACGCAGGAAGAGUUUGACUUGACUUGGGACGUGAGUCUGUCGGAAGACAUGCAUGAGUUUAAUUUCGAACUGCUGGAUACCUUUGACUGGUUGAGGCUUCCACCAAGCGGACUCUAG